CUCGAGGAAAAAAAUCACGUCUUCGCUGCAACUCAUUUGAAAAGUCAUGAGUGGAUGUCCAUACUUUGAGAAGAGGCAUUUGUUAUUCAGAAACAAGCCUCCCCAGCAGGACGAGCAAGACGACGUCUCGCAGGACGGCGUCAACAAAGCCAGCAGAGGAGGAAUCAUCUAUGGAGACUACCUGCAGCUGGACAAGGUCGUGACAGCCCAGGUGCUGCAGAGCGAACUGAAGGGUAACAAGAUCCAUGAUGAGCAUCUCUUCAUCGUCACCCAUCAAGCUUAUGAGCUGUGGUUCAAGCAGAUUCUGUGGGAGCUCGACUCGGUGAGAGAGAUCUUCAUCAGCGGACAUGUCCGUGAUGAACGCAACAUGCUCAAAGUGAACACGCGAAUCCAUCGCAUCGUCAUGAUCUUCAGACUGCUGGUGGACCAGUUUGCUGUUCUGGAGACCAUGACGGCCCUCGACUUCUUUGACUUCAGGGAGUAUCUGGCCCCUGCCUCAGGUUUUCAGAGCCUUCAGUUUCGGCUGCUGGAGAAUAAAAUAGGGGUCCCAGACAACCUGAGGGUCCCGUACAACAGACGCCACUACAGGGACAACUUCAAAGGCCAUGACAGCGAGCUUCUGCUGGCCACAGAAAAGGAGCCCACGCUCCUAAAACUAGUCGAGGAGUGGCUGGAGAGAACGCCCGGCUUGGAGGAGGAGAGUUUCAACUUCUGGGAGCGUCUGGAAAUCAACAUUUUUGAAGGGCUGAAGGAAGAGAAGGAGAAAAUUGAGAAAAUGGCAGAUUGUGAGGAUAGAGAGGAGCUGAUGGCUGAACUGGUCAAGCAGAAGGAGCUCUUCACGUCUCUGUUUGAUGAGAAACGUCACAACCAUCUCCUCAGUAAAGGUGAGAGACGGCUGUCUUACAAGGCGCUCCAAGGAGCUCUGAUGAUCUACUUCUACAGGGAGGAGCCCAGGUUCCAGGUUCCUUUCCAGCUGCUGACGUCUCUCAUGGACAUCGACACGCUCAUGACCAAGUGGAGAUACAAUCACGUGUGCAUGGUGCAUCGAAUGAUUGGCAGCAAAGCUGGCACAGGAGGAUCUUCUGGAUACCACUACCUCAGAUCGACUGUCAGUGACCGCUACAAGGUGUUUGUGGAUCUGUUCAACCUCGCCACCUUCCUGGUUCCUCGCCACUGGGUGCCCAAGCUGAACCCCAACGUGCACACGUUUCUGUACACGGCCGAGUGCUGCGAUAGCUCCUACUGCAGCAGUGAAGACUCGGACUAGGCCGCGUCUCAACCACAUGAGGGCUGCUCCUCUUCUCCUCACCUGACGAUGACCAAAACAAAAAAAACAUGCCGACGUGUCCUCGGCACACCUGGAGGCUUUCAGAUGAUGGUUGUGUGACCCAAAAGUCUUCACAAACAUGGCGGACGUACUGCCGCUUGUUCAAAGAUCAGUUCAGCUCGUCAGCAGCAGUGUUAAAAAGACAACUUCUUUUGUUGUGGCUUUUCUCCCCUCUUUCUCUCCCCCAUUGUACUUGACCAAUCACCCCACUCUCCCGAGCCGUCCCGGUCUCUGUUCCACCCCUCUGCUGAUCCGGGGAGGGCUGCAGACUACCACAUGCCUCCUCCCAUACAUGUGGAGUCACCAGCUGCUUCUUUUCACCUGACAGGGAGGAGUUUCACCAGGGGGAGGAUCACGCUAUUCCCCCCAGUUCCCCCUCCCCCCCAAAAGGUGCCCUGACCAACCAGAGGAGGCGCUAGUGCAGCGACCAGGACACAUACCCACAUCCGGCUUCCCACCUGCAGACACGGCCAAUUGUGUCUGUAGGGACGCCCGACCAAGCCAGAGGUAACACGGGGAUUUGAACCAGCGAUCCCCGUGUUGGUAGGCAACGGAAUAGACCGCUACGCUACCCAGACGGCCUUUUUUUUGGUUCUUAUCUAGUGCGAAGCAUACUUGGGUUCCUUGAAAGGCCUUAUACAAAACUAUGUUGUUGUUAGCACUUUGUGGCCCUUUAUCAGUGGGCGACGCCUGUGUCGCGUGGCGUGGCGUGUUGAAACAGACAACAA